CGGCAAAUGCCUCCUGUAAAGCAAAGUCGUUGUUGAUGGUAGCCUUGAUCUUGCAGCAUCAUCGCCGCCCACCGAUGCGUAUCCAUGGGCUGUUGUUCCUCGCUAACACAUGUCAUUGGCUUCUAGAACAAGAAAGGGGUUAGAAAGAACACGCCCACCACCCCAUUGCAGUUUAACUUCUUUUGGAACGGUGGUACAUCCGUUGUUGAUCCUAAAUGGGUACUGGGUUGCCGUUGUUUUACCUUAUCUCCUUCCUGUUCUGUUUAGAGGAAAUUCCUUUCGAUUCCUAAUACAGGCGAUCCGGAGUGACCAUCGGGCCUACAAAAUGCACUGUUGCUAACAAGAUUGAGUAGAGAGAAGAAACCUCACUUCUUUUCGAAGUCUGAAUUUCUUUCCUCCUCGUUGAUGCUUUGCGGACUAUCGUUUCUAAAAUGUCUGCUAACGUCGAAGAAUUGGAGUUGCGGAACAACGAGAAAUCGGAAUUGGAGAAUGGAAGCGAACUUGGAAGAGUCAAAGAUUCAGAUCCCGAGCUUGAUCAAACUAAAGAUGGAGAGAUUAGAUCAGAAGAGGUAGAAAAAUCUCCUGCGGUUGAAGAAACCGUGCCUUCCGGGCUUCAGAAAGAUGAAGAGAAAAGCCGAACUUUUACGAUGAGAGAAAUAUUGAAUGAAUUGAAGGAAGAUAGAAACGAAAUUUCAGACGGAGAAGUUAAGAGAGGUACCACUAGUUACGAUGCAGACAGACAGGAUGCAAGCUCUCCUCACAGUCAAGAAGAAAUGCAACAGAAAUAUUUGGGCCAGAGCAAUGUUGCCAUGGAGUUGAUCAAUAAUGUCACUGGUGUUGAUGAGGAAGGUCGUGCUCGCCAACGAAUUCUUUCUUACGCUGCUAAAAGGUAUGCUAGUGCAUUAGAGAAGAACCCAGAAGACUAUGAUGCACUUUACAAUUGGGCAUUGGUUCUUCAGGAAAGUGCAGAUAAUGUUGAUCCAGAUUCUAGUGCACCUUCAAAAGAUGCUUUGCUUGAGGAGGCUUGUAGAAAGUAUGAUGAAGCCACCCAACUAUGCCCUACCCUUCAUGAUGCCUUCUAUAAUUGGGCUAUUGCCAUCUCUGAUCGGGCAAAGCUGCGUGGUCGUACUAAGGAGGCUGAAGAACUAUGGAAACAGGCAACAAGAAACUAUGAAAGAGCGGUCCAUCUGAACUGGAAUAGUCCUCAGGCACUUAAUAACUGGGGACUUGCUCUACAGGAACUUAGUGCAAUUGUUCCUGUUCGGGAAAAGCAAACAAUUGUAAGAACUGCAAUCAGUAAGUUUCGUGCAGCCAUACGAUUGCAAUUUGAUUUCCAUCGAGCAAUCUAUAAUCUUGGUACUGUUCUGUAUGGAUUAGCAGAAGACACAUUAAGAACUGGGAGACCAGUCAAUGCAAAAGACCCUAAUGAACUUUAUAGCCAAUCAGCUAUCUAUAUUGCAGCUGCUCAUGCCUUGAAACCAAAUUACUCAGUAUACCGCAGUGCAUUGAGACUUGUGAGGUCUAUGCUACCUCUGCCCUAUCUUAAGGUCGGAUAUCUGACAGCACCACCUGCAGGGAACCCACUUGCACCUCAUAGUGAUUGGAAGGAAUCACAGUUUGUACUGAACCAUGAAGGACUCCUGCAGCUUGACAAACUUGAUCAAAAACAAUCACCACCAAACCUCUCUGACAGGUCUGGAGGUGCAGUGAACAAUAAAUCAACUACCAAAGUUGAUGUUGCAGAUAUCAUCUCUGUAUCAGCAUGUGCAGAUCUUACAUUACCACCUGGUGCUGGACUCUGUAUUGAUACAAUUCAUGGACCGGUAUAUUUGGUCUCCGACACAUGGGAGUCACUGGAUGGGUGGCUUGAUGCUAUUCGUCUUGUUUACACAAUCUAUGCGCGAGGGAAGAGCGAUGUGUUAGCAGGCAUCAUAACUGGCUGAUUAUCUAUCCAUUUAAUUAGAUGCCAACGGCAGUGGUUUGUGCAAAUAAAAUUUUUGUAUGAAACAGAAGUUACUGAACUCCAAAGCCAGAAGAAAAUGAAAAUAUAACCACUAUACCGGGGAAGCAGAAUGGUAUUUAAGCUAGAUUUUCUUGCAGAGUUUUUGAUAUGGUAUUGGUAUGGAUAAAAUGAGCUAACCAUCAAGCAGAACAGUGGUUUUGUUUGACCUUGUAUAUUUGAACAUGUGCACACAUGGAUGCAAUCAUAAUGUGUACAUGCUGUUGGCUGAGGUCCAUGGACAAGUGUAUAUUGUUCAGUUUCUACACCGUCAUGCAUAGGAAAUCGAACCUCACGUCUA